ACAUUGACAGUUGAAAAUGUAAACAAAGACAAAUGACAAGUAACCUAAAAUCUAAAUAUUUACUUGAGAAAUUCUUUCCUUUGGCCACUAAUUUUGAACAAAAACAUGGUUAUAGCAAUAGGAUUUGAAGGGAGCGCCAAUAAACUCGGUAUAGGCAUUGUGAAAGAUGGGGAAAUACUCUCAAAUUGUAGGCGAACGUAUAUCACACCUCCGGGCGAAGGUUUCCUACCAAGAGAAACAGCAGAGCACCACCAACAAAAUAUCCAUGAGGUACUUCAAGAAGCUCUUGAGCAGUCAGGCGUGAAGCCUCAAGAUAUUGACGUGGUCUGCUACACCAAGGGACCUGGUAUGGGCGCGCCGCUGAUGGUGUGUGCUAUAGUGGCACGGACCUGCGCUUUACUGUGGAACAAGCCUAUACUUGGGGUUAACCAUUGUAUUGGACAUAUAGAGAUGGGCCGGCUAAUCACCAAGGCUAACAACCCAACAGUGCUGUAUGUGAGUGGGGGCAACACACAGAUCAUUGCGUACUCCAGACAGAGGUACAGGAUAUUUGGGGAAACCAUUGACAUCGCUGUUGGCAACUGUUUAGAUAGAUUUGCACGAGUUUUAAAAUUAUCAAAUGCACCCAGUCCAGGCUACAAUAUUGAACAGAUGGCAAAAAAAGGGAAAAAAUAUUUGCACCUUCCAUACUGUGUUAAAGGAAUGGACGUCAGUUUGUCCGGUAUACUCUCAUACAUGGAGGAUAGAAUAGACGAGUUACUCAAAGACUACACCCCAGAGGACCUGUGCUACUCGCUGCAAGAGACUGUGUUUGCGAUGCUGGUGGAAAUCACCGAGAGAGCCAUGGCACAUUGUGCUUCCGAUGAAGUUCUAAUAGUAGGUGGCGUCGGUUGCAACGAACGUUUACAAGAAAUGAUGGGCGUUAUGUGCUCAGAACGAAACGCGAAGAUCUUCGCAACGGACGAGCGCUUCUGCAUAGACAACGGAGUUAUGAUCGCGCAUGCGGGCGCGCUCGCACACGCAGCGGGCACUCGCAUGGAAUUCAAAGACGCUACGAUUACGCAGAGAUACAGGACUGACGAUGUUUUAGUUACGUGGCGAGACGAUUAAACUUAUUUUAAAGAUA